AUGUAUCAACAACUCAUGAGAUCAACAUUUUUGUAUGAGCAUUGUUGGCAUCUAUUGAAAGAUCAACCUAAAUGGACUACUGAAACUAGAAAGAAAAAAUCCAAGACUAGUCCAAAUGCAAACCCUGCAUCUUCUUCUCCUUGCAUUCCAUGUGCAAUCAAUUUAGGGGAAGAUUCUCAAGAAUCUAGAUGUAUAGAAAGGCUAGAAGGUAAAAAGGCUGCAAAGAAAUUGGCAAGCCAGAGAAAGAGUAAAAAUUUAAUGGGUGGAAAUGCAGAGUCUGCAAUAGAUCUUCAAAUGGGAAUCCAAGAAUUAAGAAAACAAAAACUAGAACAUGCACACAGACAAGAUGAGCAAUUCCAAUUGAUGUAUGUUGCAGAGCAAGAGCAACUUGCUAUUAGCGUGAAGUUCUAA